AUGGCGCAUCAGAAUCUAAUGAACAACUACUUCAACCCCAACUCGGUGUACAACGAGAAGGAUUUUAGACGUCGCUUCUGGAUGAGGCGUCAUGUCUUCGAGCAUGUACUUCAUGAUGUCCAACAUGUCAAUCUAUACUUUCGACAGAAAAUGGACAGAGCAGGCCGCCUUGGUUUCUCAUCGCAUCAUAAGGUUAAUAUUGUACUCCGAAUGCUAGCCUAUGACACCCCAGCUAAUGCAAUGGAUGAUAUAUAUGGUAUGUCUGAUUCUACAUGCCUUGAUACUCUUGCUGAAUUCUGUGAAACAAUUGUUCAGCUUUACAAAGAGGAGUACAUCCGUCAACCAAAUCAAGUAGAUCUAAAUCGGUUCCCUUGCAAAGAUGAAGAUCGUGGCUUUCUGAGCAUGAUAGGGACACUAGAUUGCAUGCCUUGGCAGUGGAAGAAAUGUCCCAUCGGAUGA